AUGGUACUGGAAGUUCAUAGUGGAGCGAAGCGGAUGAAUGCCUUGCUAAGUCAACUGUUAGCCAGCGGGGGUUCAACACAUGCACAACGGGUCACCGCAUGCUCGGAUUCUGGCAAUUACGCCGAUUUGUACGGCCAGGUCCGUCUAAGGGCGCUCUGCCCUACAGACGCUCCACAAAUAUCCGCCAAGCCCGAAAUCGCUAUGGAACCUCUUCUUCCAGUUCACAACCCUGGGAAUGUCAAGGGUUCCGCGCAGUCAGCUGUUUUCGAUUCAUUGCAGAUGCACAGCACCAAGGCAACGGAAGCCGAAUGUGACGGGGUUCCCGUGAAAAGCCGACCCAUCUCCGUAAUGGAAACUCCCCAUGGAGAGAACCACACCUCUUACAACAACAACUCCCCUGAACGCCGACUCAACACCCAAGCGGAACCCCCUUUCCGCUUAGGCAUUGAAUCGGGGCGUCGGUUUUUCGGCAGCUCUGGAGAUAUCUACGAGCUGCUGGACGCUAUAGGCUCGGGAAGCGCCUCCACAGUCUACAAAUGCAAAUUAGUUAAAGCGAAUCUGAACUCCUCAAAGGCUCCCGACCGCCCCUUCAGGGCGGAUACUCUGUGCACAGCAACUGCAGAGGAGGUCUUUGCAGUGAAAGCAAUAGACCUAAAGGGGCUCAGUUGGCGCUCUUCUUCCUGGCUUUGUUCUGAAAACGAAUCAACCGAUUCCUCCGUUUCACCUGCCACUGCUUCUACCGCUGCAGCUGCAUUUGCUGCUCUCCAUACAUCUGCUACAGCUCUCACUGCGCGAGUCUCACGCCAUGUUUCUUCUUGUGCAGAAAUUGCAAAAAGAGCUUUGGGCGCUGCAGCGUGGGGUCCACACGGCUGGGAGGAGGACUCGGCUAAUGAGGAAGGGGGAGAAGAAGCAGGAAGAGGGGGAUCGAGAUGCAGGGGAGUCGGGCUGGGGAGCGGGAUAGAAGCAGUUGAUGAACUCUUCGCGCAAGUGCGGGGAUGGAUUUGCGAAAUGCAGAAACAAGGAGAGCGACUGGGAAUGCGAUACGAAAGAGCGGAAGCUUCUGUCUCUGAGCUUAUCUGCUGCGUUUUAACUGCUCUCUCCGCCUCCGCACCGUCAUCGGUGCCGCGGAAAGAGCAGACGGAAGCAAAUGAGCAGGCGGAACAGAUACUGUCUGCUGAGAGAGAUGCCACAACAAUAGAAACGCCGCUUGUUGAAGCAGAAAGCGAACCCUUGCAACCUGCAGAAGUGCGGCAGCAUCCCUCUGUAUCUGGGAUUUCACUGCCGAGUGAGCACGAAAGUGGAGAGCAGAGAAGCACUCUUGUUACUCCCGUUUGCGCUGCACUUGAAGCUGGAUCGGCCAAAACCAAAGGCACGGGUUUUUUCGAGACAGAAGUGGGUGUGUGGGGCCCCAGUGGUAGCGGAGCCCGGAUGGAUUUGCUGCGGGAGUUUCUUGGAUCGAAGCUACGACGCAUGCUUUACAGUUUCAUGCAGCAUCCAACAGAGAAUGACGCCAGUGGGGCUACUGAUACAGAAGCAGGAGCACACCUGGCAGAACGAGGAGGAGAAGCAAGAGCAGGCGGCCGAGAAGAGAGCAAGCAAGUGGCUACAGGGAUACGGGAAUGGAGCCAAGUAGGGGCCCCAGAUCCCUCUCUCGUAACAGAAGAGAUUCUAGAUUUUCUUUUUCUCUCAACAAAAACUGCUGCUUCCCACGCAAGGCAACUGAGGCAACCGUCGAAGGACUCUGGGGAGGGUUUAGGCUUGGGUGGUGCCUUGGGAGCCCCUAUGGGGGGGGUCUUCCAGGAGCAAAGCCUUUUGCAUGGGGAAGUUUUGCACUCGGAAUCUGCUCCAGGAGAAAUUGCGGGUUCUGCUGAAGUCGCCAGGGAGUCUCCACGAUCAGCAGAUGGCGAGGCGAGCCGAGGAGGAAGGGAGCAUGAAGUACAUCAGUGCGCAGAGCUCUCGUUCCUCUGUGAACCAGGGUUUUCCACCGCCUCGGCUGGGGGAGCUUUGCAAGCGAAGAUUGCUGUAUCGCGUCUGCAGCUGAAGUCUCUAGAGAAGCUGCGUCAGUUCAGAACACAGUGUAAGGUCUACCUGGAACUGUCCAAUGCGAGAAACGCAAAGUUGAUGGAUUUAGGGCUGCACGUGCAGCUGAGGGCCGACCAGCUCGAUGCUAUUAGAGCCCUCAGAGCCAUGCCCGAUGAGUAA